CGACCUUUUGAAAGCGUCAACAGUUUAUGAGAAUCGCUUUCCGAUAGACCUUUUUUCAAAGAAACCUUCGAGUGUCAUUUUUCCCAGCGAAUCGGAAUCCGUGAGAAAGUGCAGCGAAUUUCGAAUACCUCCGUAAAUCGCUCCGUUUUAAAAUAACGCAAAGUGCGUUCGAUUGCGACGGUGAAAGGAGAUCAACGGUGACCUUCGACUGCAUCGCCACGUUGUCCGGCAUCCUGAAGGAAUCCUGCAGACCCGAACGAAGCGAUCGAGCGAGCUGCCGCGGCUCGAGAAAAUCCACGAGGAACAGCUCACGGACACCAGGACGAUCGGCAGACGACGUAUCGCCGGUGCAUCUGCGAUGGAGGACGAGCUGCGAUGUCCCUCCUGCAAGGAGUUGUUCGUGGAGCCGGUGCUGUUGCCUUGCUGGCACGCACUAUGCCUGGCCUGCGCGGUAAAUCUCCAGGCACCGCCGGACUCACCGCCGGAGUCCACCGCCGACUCGUCCAACGCACCAGGCUCCGAUCAGGAGGCCGACAAGUUGUCGAUCCUGUCGGAGACCGACUCCGGAGUGGUUUGCAGCAGCACGUCCACCAGCUCGCGGCCAGGCAGCUACGUCGGCACUCCAGGGAACGGUGGCUUCCCGCCAUCCGGUGGUACUCUCUGCCUAUCAUGCCCGGUCUGUCAGAAGACCGUAUAUUUUGACGAGGGCGGCGCCCAUAAUCUGCCCAAGUACCGUGCGAUGCAGCACAUCGUCGACAAGUACCAGGAAUCGCGGAACUCACGGCUGCAGUGCCAAAUGUGCGAGGGAGAACCGCGCGACGCGACUGUCGCGUGCGAGCAGUGCGAGGUUUUGUACUGCGACGCCUGCAGAGAGUCCUGCCAUCCGAAGAGGGGCCCAUUGGCAGCCCACAAUUUGGGACCACCAAGAGGCAGCUGGCAAUCAAGUGGAAGUAAGGGAUCUCGACCCGAGGGUACGCCGAUCUGCAAUGAUCACAAUGGCGAAGCAGUGACUCUCUAUUGCGCCCUUUGCAAAAUCGCGAUAUGCGCUCUGUGUCUUCGUGAUCGUCACGCCGCACAUCCUCAUGAUGUUCUGCCGUUGGCCGCUGCUUGCAAAGCGCAAAAGACUUUCGAGAAAUGGUUGCAAAACAAGGAAUCGCAAAUGCUUGAAAAAAUAUGGACGGAGCUGUCGCAGAAUCUACAGCAGCUGUCGGAGAGAGCCCGCUCGACAACGGAGUUCAUUCAAAGGCUCAAAGGAAUGACGGAUAAAGUACAUGAGGAAUGCGUGGCGCUUGAGGAGGAGGUCGAAGAUCGGGUAACGAACCUGGUGAGUCUUCUGCAAGCGAGAAAGUCACGGUUGAUCGAAGCCGCUCGACAAACUAGAGAGGCCAGGGUACGAUCGUUGCGAGACCAGGUGGCGAGAUGUGCCACACACUUACAGGCGACCACAGCGUUGCUCACAUUCUGUAUCGAGGCGUUAAAGGAGACCGACAGCGCGGCCUUCUUGCAGAUCGGCGGCAUGUUGUCGGUCCGAGCAGCGACGGCCGCCGGUUCCUGGGGUGGUGCCGAGGGUGUACAGGAGAUCGCUCGUUUGCCGUUGCUCGAUCUUACCUUGGACGACAAACCGCUGCGCCGCGCCAUCGAUCAGCUCACCUUCGUCCAACUUAAACCGUCAGAAGGGGAAGAGCGAUUUCCUACAGCAGCACCCGGAGCUCCUUUACUAAUCCCCGAAGAGUGUAGCGCCGAGAACAACAGCGUCACCGUUGCCUGGCAGCCGCCUCCUGGCCACGGAAUUAUGGGCUGCGCUGGACAGAGAGGCCCCGCCAUCGAAGGAUACCUUUUGGAACUGGAUGAUGGCUGCGGCGGGGAGUUUAGGGAGGUGUACUGUGGCCGCGAGACCAUUUGCACGGUAGACGGGCUACACUUCAACUCACUCUAUAACGCCAGGGUGCGGGCCUUUAACAGCGCCGGUGAGGGCGAGUACUCGGAGCUGAUCGGCCUUCAGACCGCCGAGGUGGCGUGGUUUUCGUGGGCCACCGGCGCGGCCGGCAUACCACAGGAGGUAUCCAUAUCCGAGGACGCGAUGAGCGCGUCCUGCGAGGGCUAUGAGCAUCGCGUGGUCCUCUCGAGCGUCGGCUUCUCGCGAGGCGUACACUAUUGGGAGCUGACCAUAGAUCGAUACCACAGUGACACCGAUCCAGCCUUUGGAAUCGCCCGAGCCGACGUGUCGCGUGAUCAGAUGCUGGGUAAGGACGAUAAAGGCUGGAGCAUGUACAUAGACCGCCAGCGGUCGUGGUUCAUGCACGGCGGUGGUCACGCACAGCGUACGGAGGGUGGCGUUCAGCAAGGCUCGACUGUCGGCGUUCUUCUCGACCUGGAUACCACACAUACGCUACGUUUUUUCGUCAACGACCAACCGCAGGGCGGCAUCGCCUUCCGCGAUCUCUACGGCGUCUUUUAUCCGGCGAUCAGUCUGAAUCGCGGCGUAACCGUAACCCUUCAUACCGCUCUCGAUGUUCCACGUCAUCUUCUUGCACUUCACGAGGAGUACAUUAGUGAUAUGGUUCAGAGCUAGGGGUACCUUAACGUCCUCAAAAAAGGUUUACCGCAGGAGAUCGGCUCGCCUUUAGGCCCAACGACGUACGUCACAGACAGGUGCAGAGACUUCGAAUCGGGUCAGUUGCUGGAGAAGAUUAUCGAGGAGAGCCCGGUUGACGUUAACUAAUCGGUAGAUCUUUUAAAUAUGAAUUUAGAGCGUAGUACAUUUUCUAUGAAUCUACUUGGCACAAAGCGUUACGAAAUAACGUAUAUACGAGAAAGCAUCUGAAAUUGCUCUCGCUCUGAGAUAUCAUAAUAUUAAU